UAUAAAUUUCAUAGAUCAGGAUGAUAAAACGUUAAAUGGGCCUUAUUUUCUCUUCUGUGUUUAUCCUUCAAACUCAAAUACUUUAGUCUAAAUUCUAAAAUACAAGAUUAGUAUAUCCAUCAGGGAAUCAACCUUAUGUAUAAUCACGUGAUAAGCAGGGAACCCAUUCAUGUUAAAUCACGUGAUGAGCCUCGCUCCAACCUUUUCGCCCAUAAAACAGAAACCGAACUCAUCCAAUUGACUUAUCCGCUACUUCAAUGGCUACGCCGGUGAAGGUGUACGGACCACCAUUCUCGACCGCCGUGUCAAGGGUCUUGGCCUGUCUCCUUGAGAAAGAUGUCCCAUUUCAGCUUGUACCCAUCAGCAUGGCGAAAGGCGAACAAAAGAAACCUGAUUACCUUAAAAUUCAGCCCUUUGGCCAAGUUCCGGCAUUUCAAGACGAUGAAAUCACCCUAUUUGAAUCUAGAGCCAUAUGUCGAUAUAUAGCAGAAAAGUACCAAAACAAAGGAACCAUUGGCCUAUUUGGAACAAACCCAUUGGUAAAAGCUUCAAUCGAUCAAUGGCUAGAAGCAGAAUCACAAAGCUUCAAUCCCCCAAGCUCAAUUCUCACCUUUCAGUUAUUUUUUGCUCCACGAAUGAAAAUGAAACAAGAUGAGGCAUUGAUCAAACAAAACGAAUCAAAGCUUUUAAAAGUUCUUAAUGUCUAUGAGAAGAGGCUUGGUGUGAGUCGAUACUUAGCAGGUGAUGAGUUCACAUUGGCUGAUCUCUCUCACCUACCUAACACCCAAUACUUGGUGGAGAAAACUAACAGGGCUGAAUUGUUCAAGUCAAGGAAGAAUGUUGGACGAUGGUGGGAAGAAAUCUCUACCCGACCUUGUUGGAAAAAGGUGGUCGAAAUGCAAAAUGCAUGAUCUUGGUGGAUCUUCUUGGAACAUGAAGGUUUUCGGUUUGUGUUAUGGUGUUGAAUGGGGUUUCUUUGUAUUUUAUCAAGUGAUUGUUACUAUUACUGUUUGAUAUCAUUGGUGUCAAAUAACGUCGACAAUUUGACAUUAUAUGGACAUAAAUUUGUGUCAUAUGAUACAUGAGUUUGAUACUAAUACGUUUGUUUUUAUAAUUUUAUUACUCGAUGAGUGCUAGUUGUAUCUACCUACGCAAGUGAACACAAGGAAUAGAGAAAAAAUAAAAG